AUGGACUCACGAUCACGCCCGGAAUGCGCGGCAUCAACUAAGCCCAAGACUCUUGUCGACUCCUUGACGAGCGCUCUCGUCAAGCGAGAAGCAAAGUCUGCCCGUCGGAGACUCACGGUUCUGCCCCGGACAGCGGUGGAUUUCUCCUCCAAUGACUUUCUCUCCUUGUCAUCGUCGCGGGCCUACCGGGACCGGUUCUUGGCCCAUCUGAAUAAUACUCCAGAAUCGUUUCCCUUUGCCAGUGGCGGGUCCCGGUUACUGGACGGAAAUUCCACCUAUGCUGAGGAUCUGGAGCACUUUGUGGCCGGCUUUCAUGAAGCCCCCACUGCGCUUUUAUUCAACUCCGGCUUCGAUGCGAACGUGGGAGUUCUUUCCAGCAUUCCUCAACCGGGUGAUCUCAUCCUCUAUGAUGAGCUUAUUCACGCCAGUGCCCACGAGGGUAUGCGGCUUUCUCGGGCAGGAGCUCGAAAGAUGUUUGCGCAUAGCUCGCCAACGGCACUCAGAGAUGUUCUCGCCGCUGAAAUAGAUAAGGACUCUGAGAUUCAAACGGGCACUCGAAAUGUGUUCAUCAUUGUGGAAUCUCUUUACAGCAUGGAUGGUGAUGUGGCGCCUAUCAAAGAGUUUAUUCAAGUUGUCGAUGAGUUGCUUCCACGUCAGAACGGAUACUUUAUUGUCGACGAGGCACAUGCAACGGGUGUCUUCGGACCACAAGGGGCGGGUGUGGUACAGCAUCUCGGCGUUCAGGAUCGCAUUUUUAUCCGCGUCCAUACGUUUGGAAAGGCACUUGCCAGCCAUGGAGCUGUGGUGCUUUGUGGCCCCGAAACAAGAGACUACCUGAUCAACUAUGCCCGCAGCCUUAUCUAUACUACCGCUCUUGGGUUCCCUUUUCUGGCGUCAAUUCGCACCGCCUAUGAGCUCCUCUCUUCCGGGGAAACGGAAUCGUUGCGAAAUCGAGUGCAGCAAUUAAUCGGACACCUUCACAAGCGCCUGGGCAGUCUCCAAAUAAGCCAAUCAGUCAUGUUCGAAGUUGAUCAUUUCCCCACGUCUCCGAUCUUCUCGUUGCGCACGUCACAACCGCGCCAGUUGGCAAGUGCAUGCCAAAAAGACGGGUACAUUGUUCGUGCUAUUAUGCCGCCUACGAUCCCUGAGGGCAGUGAACGAGUACGAGUCUGCUUGCAUGCUGGCAAUACAGAGGAGCAAAUCGACGGCUUGGUCCAAUCGAUCCAGUCAUGGUUAGAAAGACACUCUGUGGAAAAAGGGUCGAAAUUAUGA